UGGCGCUGUUCAUCUCUAACAGUGGAACGUUCGUCGUUCCCCUAUCUUCAUAGUGAUUCGAAAUCAAUCAAGAAUACUCCAUAAAAAAGGAAGCAUGAGGGCCCUAAUACUGCUAUGUAUGGUAGCAGUGUCUGUGGCCGUUGAAGAUGGCCCGAAAAACAAGGGUUGGUGGCGGUCGAUGUCACUUUACCAAAUAUAUCCUAGAAGCUUUAAAGAUGGUAAUGGAGAUGGCGUAGGAGAUUUGAAAGGUAUAACCAACAAAUUGCUUUACUUCAAAGAGAUUGGCGUCAACGCUUUCUGGUUGUCCCCUUUUUACCCCAGCCCGAUGAUCGAUUUCGGUUAUGACAUCGCCGAUUUCAACGGAGUGGAUCCCGUUUUCGGUACAAUGACCGAUUUCGAGAAUAUGGUGAAACGCUCUCACGAACUUAACUUGAAGGUGAUCAUAGAUCUUGUCCCCAAUCACUCCUCGGACAAGCACGAAUGGUUCCAGAAGAGUUUGCAAAACAUUCCACCCUACAAUGAUUUCUUUGUCUGGCGCAGCGGCAAGAAGCUUUCAAACGGCACUAUUGCUCCACCGAAUAACUGGGUGAGCGCGCUUGGAGGGCAUGCUUGGAAAUGGCGAGAAGAACGUCAGGCGUUCUAUCUUCACCAAUUCAUGCCGGAAGAGCCAGAUCUAAAUUACAGAAACCCAAAGGUUGCAGAAGAAAUGAAGAAUGUGUUGAGAUUCUGGCUGAACAAGGGCGUGGAUGGCUUCAGGAUCGACUCAGCGGCUUAUCUUUGGGAACAUGAGGACUUCCCGGACGAGCCCCCAUCAGGGAAAACGGACGACCCUUAUAAUAUCAAUUACCCCGACAGAAUAUACACGAAGGAUCAACCGCAAACCUAUGACAUCAUCAAAAGUUGGAGGGAAGUCCUCGACGAGUACAAAGACUCCGAAAGAAUCAUGAUGAUCGAAGCUUACACGAAUAUGACAUCGACCAUGAAGUAUUACACUUCCGGAGCACACUUCCCCUUCAAUUUCGCGAUGAUCGCGAACUUGACUAAGAAUUCGUCGGCAGCUGAUUUCCACAAGAUGAUAAAUAAUUGGAUGGAGGACAUGCCGAGUGGCGGAGAUCCUAACUGGGUGGCUGGAAAUCACGAUAAUCCUAGACCGAUGACGCGACUUGGAUCCCAACGAGCACGCGUGGCAACCUUGAUUACGCUAAUAUUGCCAGGCGUUAGCGUGACGUACAACGGCGAUGAGAUCGGUAUGCCGGACGCUGAGAUCUCGUGGGAGGACACAAAGGAUCCGUUGGGAUGCGUUGCUGGAAAAGAAGGGUAUAAAUCCACCUCCAGAGACCCCGCCAGGACUCCCUUCCAGUGGGAUCGCAGUAAAGCUGCAGGAUUUUCCACGAAUUCAUCAACCUGGCUUCCGAUCAACAAAAACUACAAAACCGUCAACCUGGCAAUAGAAAGAAGAGACACAUUCUCCUACUUCCACUACUACAAAGCACUCGCUAAGCUAAAGAAAACACCGAUUGUUCAAACUGGAACUCUCGACACGAAAUUAAUCAACGCGAACGUUUUAGCGAUCGCCAGGGAAACCAAGGAUGGAUCUCUUUACGCGGUAGCAAAUCUUGGGAAAAAGACAGAAAUGGUCGACUUAUCAGUGUUCGAUAACGUAUCGAACGAAUUGCAGUUGUAUUACGCCACUAAAGGAGACGGUGCAGCGUCAGUGCUUCUCCCGAAGAAGAACAAGGUCAAGGUCGUCUCUGGAGGAAUAGUGAUUUACGUAACUAAAGGAGUCACGGUUCAGGAUUUAGAAGAAGUUCCACCGGAUUAUUAAAAUUGUGAUUAAAUAUUUAAUUUGCAUUGAUUUACCUGAAUUCUGAUACUAUGAAUUUGCAUAUACACGUUUACACACAUGUACGCAUUUCCUCUUUAAGCAAAUAAUAUUUAUCUAUACAUAA